AUGGCACAAACAUUAAUGGAUUCCCAGGCAAAUUCUGGCCAUAUAUCACCUCAAGCUUCCCAACAGCAGUCGCCGCUGGACCCGUAUGGACACCGUUUCCGUUACCCAGGCCCACAACAAUCACCCCUUCCACAACACCCUUCUAGUUUCCAGCCUUAUCCGGGUGCCUCAAUGUCCAUGAGCCAGACUUCUGUCAGUGACAGCUCCCAGAGACUUGGAGUACCGGUACAAGUUCCAGUCGAAGGCCAGCAACCCCUCCCCCAAUACACCCGCCCAUACCCUUCAUACAACCUUCCAGCCAUGAAUGGCCCCGUGAUGAGUAAUGUCCAUCACCCAUCUAGCCAGAUGGCUCUGAUAGGCUCUAUGCAGCCUAACAUCCUUCCUACAUUCAACAGUGGGCAUGCUGCUAGCUUACAGCAAAUGUAUACGCAUCAGCAUCCACAAGCUCAUCAUAUGCAUGGACUUGGCCCCCCAGGCCCUCAAAAUGAUAGACCAUUCAGAUGUGACACUUGCCAGCAGAGUUUUAAUCGAAAUCAUGACCUAAAACGACAUAAGCGCAUUCAUCUGGCUGUUAAGCCAUUCCCCUGCAACCACUGUGACAAAAGCUUUUCGAGAAAGGAUGCUCUUAAGGUAUGUUUUACGUAUCCUUGCCCUUUUUCUUCCUUCUUGAGCUAUAAACAUGGUAUUAAUCCUUAUUUUGCACAGAGACAUAUACUUGUCAAGGGUUGCGGCAAGGACCCCCAUUCUGAAAGUGACCACUCAAGGAUUAUAAAAUCUGAAUCAUCGGCACCCUUUUCGGCAUCUCAUUCUGCGAAGGACGACGAUGGAAGCAGCGCCACACCCCCUUCCGCAACUGGAUCGCGCAAGGGUAGUAAUGGUGGAAUAUAA